AUGUCAUGCGGCAUUCAUCAACAUGCCAAGCCGUUCCCGCAGCUGUUCAAGCUGCUCCAGCUGUCCAAGCGCUGUCACAUGGCCAACGUUGCUGCUGCAAUUGCUGAGGCAGUGGAAGCGAUGGAGGCAGCAGAUGCAGCGGUGAUUCAAGGCGACGCGCCUUUGAUUGAGGAUGGCGAGGACGAAGAGCCUGCAGAGCCUGCUCGGGAUGACGGCGGUGAUCAAAUCGAUCCAGCUGGAAGUGCUGGAGAUGAUCAAGCCGUUCAAGCUGCCCCAGCCGUCCCAGCCGUCCCAGCUGCCCCAGCCGUCCAAGCUGAAGGCGCGCUGGUGCCUGCUGGCGAGAAUCCCGUGGCCCGAUCUAUGCGGCAAGAGAUCGCGGAAGGGGUCAUGGCUGCAGUGGGCAGCACGCCUUUUCACCUGCGCAUGGAUGAUGCCAUGUUGCUCGAGCAGGAAGAGGUGCAGCGGCACGCAAUCGCGUUGCUGCAGGCCCCGAGCAUCUUCCGUGAGAAGUACGAUACCCAGAGUGACUUCACCUGGUCUCUUUUCGGCUUCAACACUUUGCUGAACAGCUUCUACGAGAACGGGGUCAAGAACAGUGAGACCAUCCAAGCCAUCUGCGCAGGCUUUACGCUGCCAGCCACCGAGCGGCACAUCGUGGAAACUGCCCGGGAUUUGCUCGCAAAGAUCCCAGCCGGGGGAGGCGUCCCCCAGAGGUUCAUGGUCUUGUUGACCAUCGUCCGAGAGCACCUGGAGCAGUUCGCCGAAGUGCAGGAGCAUAACGGCGAAAUUGUCUGCAAUGUGCUGCUUUUCCCAUAUGUGAUGAAUGGGGCAGCCCGAGGCUAUAAAUUGGCAGUGCCAGCCAAGGACAUGACAUGGUCCGGGUGGGCGCUUCCGUGGGGCACUGACGGCUUGCUGAUGCCGGUUGGCCUCUACGCCAGCGACGUCCUCGAGAUGGCGCGCCAAUUUGUGCAGUUGGCUGGCUUGGGGCCACGGCACGAUGGUCCCAGAAGCUUGGAUGCCUUUCUUUCAGACCAGAACCAGGUGGUCAUGGCUGUCGAGGACAGGAACAGGGCUUGCAUCCAAGCAUCCUUCUCAAGCAAUGCGUUCCAUGGCAAGCUGGAAGAGCAUGCCUCAGCAGGCGUGCGGUAUGCCUUGGAUCUUGCCAGGUAUAAAACCAUAUCCACUACAAGCUGGUGGAGAAGUUGGAUGUGGGCUUCGGACAAUUUUUCGAUUUUGGAGAAGAAGCUGGCUAUGGACCCACUUCCUAUUUCGUCUCGGCGGAGGGAUUCUUUUACGUCCUCACCUAUCGAGCUGCUGACGUGGCCCAGCGGAAGUUCGAAGGCACCCCGCGAUGGAUUCUGCAGGGCGAGUGCUUCAAGGGCGACUUCGACGACGACAAGUGGCUACCGAGCUGGAUCACGAGCAGCCUGCACCAUCCAGUGGGUUGGGGAGGGCCCCGAUGACUUCAACCUUCUGUGGGAUGGCAUGCAAGUUGAAAGGGCACUCGUGGCCACAAAGACGACAACGUCCAUGGUGCUUGCACUUCGGUUGUCCCGCUGGGAAGAUUCAAAAGGACGGCCCUGGAGUGUCACAUUGGCCAGAUGCUCUUCGGUCCCUGAUGGUGUGAAGAUGGCGAUGGCACAGUCGAACGUCCAUGGGGACAAAUACUGUCGCCAGACCUACAGGAACACCAAUGACAUGGAGCUUGCCCAAUACGCCCAUCGCACACGGCAAGUUUUCACUUCCCGCCCACAGUCGCGCUAUGGGCAGGAGUCGCAGCAGGAGCCUCAGCAGCAGCAGCCACCGCCGAGCGCUGCAACAGGCUUUCCACCAGGAAUGACAGCCAUGGAUGAUGGGUGGGGCGGAACCAUGUUUGUGCCGACGGCUCCAGUUCGCCCUGCCAUGUCUGCUUUUCAGCCGUUGUGGGAUCAGCAGACUUGGCAGCAGCAGCCGUCCCAGCCGUCCCAGCGUCGUCGCAGCAGGGACAGGGCCAGCAUGGACAGGGCCGGCGCAACCAGGGGCAGAACCAGGGAUAGAAUCAGGGGCAGAAUCAGGGCUGGUGGAACUGAGAAGCGUGUCUGA